AUGACACCGGUGCUGUACUAUCUGCCACCAUCGCCUCCCUGCCGAUCGGUGCUACUGCUGGCCAAAAUGAUCGGUGUCGAGCUGGAACUGAAGGCCCUCAACGUCAUGGAGGGCGAACAGCUAAGGCCAGACUUUGUGGAACUCAACCCCCAGCACUGCAUACCGACGCUGGACGAUCACGGGCUGGUACUGUGGGAAAGUCGAGUUAUUUUAUCGUACUUGGUGUCAGCUUACGGUAAGGACGAGAAUCUCUACCCGAAGGAUUUCCGCUCCCGUGCCAUCGUCGAUCAGCGGUUGCAUUUCGAUCUCGGCACACUCUACCAACGGGUCGUCGAUUACUAUUUUCCAACCAUCCAGCUCGGUGCACAUCUAGACCAAACGAAGAAGGCAAAAUUAGCGGAAGCGCUCGGUUGGUUCGAGGCAAUGCUGAAACAGUACCAAUGGUCGGCGGCUAACCAUUUCACGAUAGCGGACAUCGCGCUGUGCGUGACGGUGUCGCAAAUAGAAGCAUUCCAGUUCGAUCUCCAUCCCUAUCCGCGUGUCCGUGCCUGGCUGCAGAAGUGUAAGGAUGAGCUGCAGGGCCACGGUUAUAACGAGAUCAACGAAACCGGUGCCGAAACGUUAGCGGGACUGUUUCGAUCAAAGCUGAAGCAGUAG